AUGAGGAAGAUACAGAAUGCUAAUUUUGCUCUACACUUUUUGGUCUUAGUUACUUCACCCCCAUUUGAUAUGUUCACCACUAGUCAUGAAAAAGAAGAAGAACUACCAAAAACUAUGAGACUUCAGGAAAGAAAAUUGAACAAGACGCUAACCAAUUUGGAUUUGUCUCACAAUGAUAUUAGUGAUGCAGGUGCUACAUGUAUUGCUGAGGCAAUCAAAGUCAACAAGACGUUAACCAAUUUGGAUUUGUCUGGGAAUCGUAUUAGUGAUGCGGGUGCCACAUGUAUUGGUGAGGCAAUCAAAGUCAACAAGACGUUAACCAAUUUGGAUUUAUCUUUCAAUGGUAUUAGUGAUGCCGGUGCUACAUCUAUUGCUGAAGCAAACAAAAUCAACAGGACGCUAACUAAGUUGGAUUUGUCUUUCAAAGGUACUUCACCCCCAUCAUAUAUGUUCACCACCGGUCGUGAAAAUGAACAUGAAGAACUAUCUAAAACUAUGAGACUUCAGGAAAGAAAAGAGUUUUCUACAAGGAAUAACAAGAUCUGUGUUGGGAGAAGCAAGAUUACCGAGGAAGGAGGGGCACUAAUGAUCCAAAACGUUCCAUCGCGUGUAAUGAUCCCUCCUAAAGCUCUGCCUACAUGUACAGAGGUCACGUGUUCUUUAUGGAAUCUGCACAUUCUAUCACCACCCCUUGGAAGAAACGAGGCCUUAGUAAGCAGUGUGAUGGAACUAGCCUGUGGAAGCAUUCCUAGUACAGAGAAACGUUACGAGUUCAAUGUGAAAGUGAAGUUGGCUUUAUCCCACAGUGCUAGUGACACUAAAGGAUACGAAUUGGUGAUCAAAGAAUUGAUCAGUGAGAAGACCAAUGAUUGGAGGGACUUGGAAACCAGAUGGGCUUGGACACCAUCAGAUAUUAAAGAU